UUUAGGUCGGAACACCACGUGACCUCGCCGGCACUGUUCCGUUGUCACGGAAACAAGCCACUCAUCAAACAGCAGCACGCGGCGACCUCACAGAACCGCAGGACAGAUUCCCGAUAUUCCAUCCGCGGUCGUCAUGCAGGGGAACAGGAAUGGGAUGAUUCCCAUCAGCAGAGACAGGCUCAUCAGUGAGUUCCCCAAGUGCUACACACCUGAGGCCGCUCUGCAGCUGAGGACAGAUUGGGACAUUCGGGCUAAAGUGGGCUUCAAGGACGGAGCCGCUCGGCAUCAGCCGUGGGACCGGCAGAGAAUGUCAAAAGUGGUGGUAGUUGGAGACCUUAAUGUGGGGAAGACCUGCCUGAUUAACAGGUUUUGUAAAGAUGUAUUCGAAAGAGACUACAAGGCCACCAUAGGCGUAGACUUUGAAAUUGAGAGGUUUGAGGUUUCUGGAAUACCUUUCUCCCUUCAGAUCUGGGAUACUGCUGGGCAGGAGAAAUUCAAGUGCAUCGCCUCUGCAUACUACAGAGGUGCUCAGGUUAUUAUCACAGCCUUUGACAUGGCGGACAUUAAGUCUCUGGAUCAUACACGCCGAUGGUUGGAGGAGGCCAUGAGAGAAAAUGAACCUGACUCCUGUUUCAUCUUCUUGGUUGGAACUAAGAAUGACCUGCUGCCUUUAGAUGAAAGACAGAGGACAGAAAAGGACGCCAUCAGGAUAGCAGCAGAAAUGCAAGCAGAGUUUUGGGCUGUUUCUGCUAAAACCGGGGAGAACGUGCAGAGCUUUUUCUUCAGGGUGGCAGCGUUGGCCUUUGAGAAGUGUGUUCUGAAGGACAUGGAGAGUGGGCCCCCGGCCCGCAUUGGACAUGGAGGUAGUAUCAAAUCCGAUUGUGCGAACUUAGAGAAGGCCUCCGCCCACGACAAGAAGAGAGGUUGCUGCUGAGGGAGCGAAGAGGCGCUCAGGAGAGCCCAAGCACACAGAGCUGCAGAGGCUCUGUUUGUGACUGAACGGGUUCCAACGGGCCUGAGGCCGUGUUCCACCAGCUCUCCCACCGCCAACGGCACUUUGCUUUACGUGACAACCUGGGUUCAACCUCCCGAGAAGCAGCUCAUGCAGGAUUGAAGCUAAAAAAUGAACUCUCUCUGCACAUAAAGAAUAUUAUGAGUUUGAUUGUUUUCAUUGAUUAGCUGUCAAUGUAUUGAAUUCGGAAAUUAGAACAUGCCAACAACAAAUCGGACACAUGCCAUUAAAAUCCAUUCAGUUUCAAUGUUAUAUCGGUCAUCCAGUAAGUACUGGACCAGACUCCUUUUGGAUCCAUGUGGAUGCUUUAUUAUUUGGUUUGCUGCUUUCGUAGUGUUGUUUUUUUCAAGCAGGAUUGUUGUGGAAUAUGUAUUAUAAUGUAAAUUAUUAAAGUAAUACCUUGAUGCAUUGAAGCAAUAGCCAACCUGAGCUGUGCUUUUAUGAAACCAGUAUUGUUGUCAAAGCAUAUUAAAGUGGUUUAUGUUACUUUUAUUUGUAGCCGUAGGUAGACUUGCUUUACAAUAGAGACAUCCGUCUCGACAUACAUUACAGUUACGAGUUAACCAAUAAAUAAGUACACAAA